UGGUGGAAAAAAGAUCGAUUUUUUAGUAAAAAAUAUUUUCUAGUUUUUUUUAAAUUUGACAAUAAAAUUUAUUUAUUAAACAAAUGGGCCAAACAACAUCAUCAAACUUUGAAUGGUCUUAUACUCAGGAACCUCACGCUACGCGUCGGAAACAAAUACUUGAAAAAUAUCCCCAAGUAAAGCAAUGCUUUGGAGUAGAUGAAAGUUUUAAAUAUGUUGUUGUUUCAAUGGUUAUAUUUCAAAUAUUUAUGGCUUAUUUAUUAAAAGAAUCCUCUUGGCUCUUAAUUUGUUUACAAGCUUAUAUUGUUGGAGGAACAAUCUCUCAUUCUUUGACGUUAGCAAACCGUAUUCUUGGUUUUAUUGCUAAUUUACCUAUGUGUAUUCCAAUGUCUACUUCAUUCAAAAAAUAUCAUUUGGAACAUCAUAGAAACUUGGGAAGUGAUGUGGUUGACACGGAUAUUCCAACAGAAUUUGAGGCAAAAUUUUUUGUUGGUCCAAUUGGAAAAUUUGUUUGGUUAAUUUUACAACCUGUAUUUUAUGGUUUAAGACCUCUCAGCACUUAUAAAAAGUCAGUUCUCGAUUUUGAAUUACUUAAUGGAUUUAUUCAAAUAAUAUUUAAUUUGGCAAUAAUUCAAUUUAUGGGGUACAAAUCUUUUGUUUACCUCAUUGGAGGGUUUUUAAUUGGAUUAGGUAUUCACCCUCUAGCAGCUCAUUUUAUUAGUGAUCAUUAUGUAUUUGAGGCUGGACAGGAGACUUAUAGUUAUUAUGGAGCAAUAAAUUUGGUAACAUUUAAUGUCGGAUAUCAUGUCGAACAUCACGAUUUUCCUUAUGUUACGGGAAAGAAUUUACCAAAAAUUAUUGACCCAAAGAUUAGUCUUCGUAGCCGUGUUAAACGAAAAGUAGAUCCUUCGCUAAUUCAAUUUUAUGGAGCAGGGAAUUAUGCAACGAGUUAUGUACACAAAUUUGUUGCUUCGGUUAUCAGUUCAUUAACUAGAAAUUCAAACAAUGAAAUCUCCAAAAAUAAAAAUAAGUGA